AUGACGGUCCUUGCCACCUUGGUUGCCGUGACGGCUGGCCUCGCUACCCUGUCAACAUCCUCCCCAAUUGAGGCACGAGCACCAGUAACAGUGUCCAAUGCGAAGUCAUCUUUGACAUUGCUUUACCAAAACAACCUGAAUGUCACGGAUGACAAGAACCACAUCGGUGCCAUCAUUCUUGAUCCUGUUCCCCAGGCCAGUGCUGCCGCUGCGUGCGCCAUAGUUAAUGAGAAGCUUCUCUCCAAAGUCGCACUUCAACAACACCAAGACGACUUCAACGAUGCUCUGUCUUACCAAGACUAUGCUAAGUACGACGACUCUGAGGAAGGAUACUAUAUCGAUGGUGGUGUGGUGUCCGUAGGAAAUCGCGUCAGCUAUUCUUCCACCUCUGGUAGCCAUAAGAGCCUUCCAGUUCUAUGCACCCAGUCCGCCAACAAUGGAUCGUCGCAAGCUGGUCCAGUGAACGGCAGCCAGAUCACCGUCGCAGCAGGCGAUAACACUUUUGUCGGAUACCGCAACCAGAAGUCGUUCCGCUUCUUGGGCAUCCCAUACGCCGACACUCCCCAGCGUUUCAAGUACACCUCGACAUACUCAAAAAAAGGUCAAACCCUCCAGGCAACUGCCUAUGGCUCGGAUUGCGCGCAGGGUGGUUCCGGAAGUGAGGACUGUCUGUUCCUGAACAUCCAGACCCCAUACAUCCCCAAAGCAGGAUCCAAGAAGGAGCUUCGACCAGUUCUCUUUUGGAUUCACGGGGGCGGAUUUACUGGAGGAACAGGCAAGGACCCGCUGUUUGAUGGAGGCAAUCUUGCAAGUAAGGAGGAUUUGGUAGUUGUCACUAUCAACUACCGCCUCUCCACUCUUGGGUUUCUCGCAAUCCCUGGCACAGAUAUCAAAGGCAACUUUGGAAUUGCCGACCAAGUCCUUGCACUUGAUUGGGUCAUUGCCAACAUCGCGGCCUUUGGUGGUGACCCGAAAAGAAUCACAAUCGCGGGUGGUUCAGCUGGCGCUGGAUCCGUCCGCGUGCAUCUCGGUUCGCCUCAAGCCAUUGGCAAAUUCCAAGGAGCAAUUGCUAUGUCUAACUUGGGAGGAGGCGUCACUCUUGGGUUAGAUGGCGACUAUGGAACAACAUACUCGACAUACUACACAAUUGAUCAGUCGUACAAGGUUGCAGGCCAGCAAAUCUUUGCAUCUGCAGGCUGUAACAGCACCGACCUGGCCACUCAGAUUGAUUGUCUAAAGCAGGUCCCGGCUUCGCAAAUCGUUGGAUAUAACACCGUCGCUCGCUACGUAGUCCAGGACGGCAAGUACGUCGACACGCCGCAGCUCGUCCUCACGGCGCGCAAUGCCAGCACUGCGCACAUUCCGGUCAUCUUUGGAGUCACUCGCGAUGACGGAUCUUCCUUCUCCACAUACCCCAAGGCCCCCGUUUCCAACCACUCUCAAGGUCUGCAAGAAGCGCUCGGCAUCAAUGCUACCUCGGCACAACGUGUCAUCGACUCUGGGCUGUUCCCUCUUAUCAACACCGGCAAUCUCACUCUCGAUUCAUUUAAUGUUUCCGCGCGAAUUGCAACCGACAAGACGUUCCGCUGCAUCGACCAAGCCACCGUAGUAGCAGGUACAACCUCGAAAGCCUUCCAAAAGGCAUACUUCUACCAGUUCGAGCGCACAAUUGAUGGCUACGACCCAAACAACCUCGGACAACCCAAGAACGACAACCCCGAGAACCCGUACUUCCGCUUCCACGGCGCCGAGACACCCUGGAUCAUGGGCACACUGAGGCGCAUCCGCGAACCCCAAGAUCUUUGGUCCGUACAGUUGACCACGAGCUACUUUGCCUCUUUCAUUAGAAGCUAUGACCCGAACCCGAAUCUGCGAUACCUUGAUCAGAGAGGCUACGAUAAGGUGAUUGAGGGUGUUACCAGAUACGGUCAGUGGGAGCAGGUCAGUGGUGGUAAGAAGACUGGGGACGAGCUACGACUGCUCGACUGGCCAAGUACGAGCGCAUCUUUCACGGAUGUGGAGCAGUGUGCGUGGCUUGGCUAUCCGCUCGAUUACUAUCUCAAGGGCGGUAUCUAG